AUGGGCCAGCCAUCGGAACCGGCGUCCAACGCCAUCAUCUACACCACCUAUGCCGGCUUCCUCAUAUUCGGUCUCGCCGUAGCAUGGACGCUGCGCCAUCAGACUAAGGGCGAAUACCUCGCGAGUUUGCGGACACAGAAGGGCAUACCUUUGGCCCUCAACUUCAUCGCCUCGGCUCUAGGUUCAGGUAUCCUUUUCACGUAUCCCGAAAUCGCCACCAUUGCCGGCGUGCAGGGACUCGUGGUUUACAGUCUUGCGUCGGCUCUUCCUCUGUUGGUAUUCGCCUACCUUGGCCCCAUCAUCAGGAAGAAGUGUCCGGAAGGAUUCGUUCUGACUGAAUGGACACGCCAACGUUAUGGCACAAUCACCGGUCUUUACCUGUCAGCUUUGACCUUGAUCACCAUUUUUCUAUACAUGGUCGCUGAACUCUCUGCGCUGCAACAAAUCGUCAACGCCUUGACCGGUCUCAACGGUCUUCCAGCCGUGAUCGUCGAAUGCGCCGUGACCACGAUCUAUACAUCCCUUGGAGGAUUCCGAGUGUCGUUCAUCACCGACAACAUCCAAGGAGGCAUGGUGGUGGCGCUCAUCAUCAUCGCAUGCAUCACCGUCGGCGUCAAGACAGAUAUCAACCGUGACCUGAUCGACCGCAGUGGAUACCUCGAUGCAAGUCUUCUGGGCUGGCAACUGAUCUACAUCCUGUCGGUGGCCAUUAUAACCAACGACUUUUUCAUCUCCGGCUUCUGGAUGCGAACGUUUGCCGCCAAAACAGACAAGGACCUGUGGAUAGGCGCGGGUGUUGCGACAGGCGCCGUUGCGGUCAUUCUGACUCUCGUCGGCGUCACUGGACUGUUGGCUGGUUGGGCUGGCAUUCUGGGAGAUCCACCGGAGGAGUCAUCGAUCGCCUUCUUCUUGUUGCUGGGGCAGCUGCCCGCCUGGGUCGUUGGGAUCGUUCUGGUCAUGACCAUCUGUCUGUCGACGGCGGCCUUCGACUCGCUUCAGUCGGCCAUGGUGUCGACGGGAUCCAACGACCUUUUCCGCAAUAAGCUGAAUUUCUGGUUCAUCCGCGCCGCCGUGGUCAUCAUUAUUUUCCCCGUGGUCGUGGUCGCACUGAAAUCCCCUUCAGUGCUGCAGAUCUAUCUGAUUUCUGACCUCAUUUCGGCAUCCAGCAUUCCAUGUCUGCUGAUAGGGCUGUCGGACCGGUUCUACGUCUGGCGUGGAUUCGAGGUCGUGGUCGGAGGCCUUGGUGGGAUUGUUACUGUCUUUCUGUUCGGUCUGGUCUACUAUCACGGCGACCGCCAGGCGGCCGGAAAUUUGAUCUUGCUCGAGCAAGGCCUUUAUGGUAAUGACUGGUCGGCCUUUGGUGCCUUUGUCGCGGCUCCGGUCGGAGGUUUCUUGUGGUCUCUGGGCGCUUUCGCGCUCCGCAUUGCCAUCCAGUGGUCUAUGGCCAAGUACAAGGGCACCCGAUUCGACGCCUUUGAUAAGCCUGCCGCGCCGAGCGCCGCUUUCUAUACCGGAGACCAGAUCAGACCUGCUGGCUCCGUUGAGGGCGACCGCGAGAGGGAGGUGUAUCUGGACAACGAUGGCGUCGAGAGGAGCGAAGUCAAAGUCAAGGGGAAGUUCUUCUAG